AUGGACGCUGACGCUUUGACCCCCCAGAUCGUCAAGAACGAACCUGGCACGCAGGAGAAGACGCCUUCUGUGCUCGAUGAGAAGAGCGUGUAUAGUGGGACUGACAUCGAAUCGACGACUAGUUCGGACGUCACAGGGGUUCUCAAGAAUGAGCGCGAUCUCGUCACCCAUGUCAUCAGUCUUGACGAUGAUCCCAGUCUGAGCCCUUGGACGUUUCGUUCUCUUUUUAUUGGCAUUGGCCUCUCUGCCUUUGCGGAGAUAUAUUAUUUCAAGCCUCAAACCGUUCUCGUGUCGACAAUGUUCCUCGCCAUUAUCGCCUAUGUCAUCGGAAUAUUCAUGGAAACAGUCAUCCCACGCCGAGGAUGGUUCCGAUAUCUCAAUCCAGGCCCGUUCAACAAGAAAGAGAACGCCUUCAUUGUUAUCAUGGCGAGCGCUGCUGCAAAUUCAGCUUUAGGAACAGAGGUAUUGGCGGUUCAGCGGCUAUACUACAACAUCACGCCAAAUCCCGGAGCAUCUAUAUUUUUGCUCUUCUCCAGCCAACUCCUUGGGUAUGGAAUUGGGGGAUUGAUGCGCCCAAUCCUUCUCUACCCAUCGAAGAUGCUCUAUCCAGGCGUGCUCCCUCUAAUCUCCAUGUUUGACGCAUUCUAUCAGCAUGGGUCCAAUGCAAGGAAGAAGCUCAAGCUGUUCUACAUCGCGUUCUUCGCCAUCUUCAUCUGGGAGAUCUUUCCCGAGUGGAUGUUCCCGCUCCUGACUGGUUUCUCGAUCUUCUGUCUCGCGAAUCCCAAGUCACCCGAUUUCACACGCAUUUUUGGUGGGUCUAACGGCAAUGAAGGCCUUGGUUUACUGUCUCUCUGUCUGGACUGGCAAUAUAUAUCGGGAGGGGUCAAUCCUAUGGCCAUUCCUUUGCGAGCACAGGUUUCGAACCUGAUUGGGUACAUCUUGUGCAUGGUGGUUUUUGUCGCCGUUUAUUAUAACAAUAUCUGGGAUUCAAAAAACUUCCCUUUCUUGUCCCAAGAACUCUUCUACCAGAAUGGCACUGUCUACGACCAGCUCCUCAUUCUUAAUGACAAACUAGAAGUCGAUCCUGUACUGCUCGAGCAACAGGGUUUACCCUUCUACGCUGGAACCUGGAUCAUCAAUCUUUUGGUGUCGAAUAUGGGCAUGGCCGCGACAUUUACACAUCUUCUUCUGUGGAAUCGUGAUGACCUUCGUACUGCAUGGAACUGGGCAACUCCGGCCGGUAUCAAGAGAAUUUGGGCCAACUUUAAUUGGAAGUUCUGGCACGACGAUGGUCAGAGGGAGCAGCCGAACGCCGACGACGACAUUGAUCCCCACUAUCGCGCGAUGCUAAAGUACCCCGACGCUCCGAACAGCUGGUAUGUUGUCACACUGGCCGCAUCGAUCAUCACCGCUCUAGUCAUCAUCUAUAAGACGGAUUCUACACUUCCAUGGUGGGGUUUCGCCGUGUCUGGCCUCCUCGCCGUCAUUUCCAUCCUGUUCUUCGGGUCCCUGUACGCGAUGACUGGGCUGUCCCUCAUUAUUCAGCCAUUCGUGCAGAUGAUAGGUGGCUUUAUUCAUCCGGGAAAGCCUAUGGCCAACAUGUACUUUGUUUUGUUCAGUUAUAACUCUGUAUCUCAAGCGACGCUAUUACUCCGCGAUCUCAAAAUCGCACAAUAUACAAAGCUACCUCCGCGAGCGGCGUUCAUGGCUCAGAUUACGGGAACGCUUUUGGGCUCAGUCCUGAAUUUCAUACUCAUGAACUCUAUUAUUGACAACCAGCGCGAAAUUCUGCUUUCCGUUGAAGGGACAAACAUUUGGUCUGGCCAACAGCCUCAACAAUACAAUUCUCAAGCAGUCGCAUGGGGCGGUCUGAGCCAUCAGCUAUUCGCAGCUGGCAAGCGGUAUCAGUGGGUUGCGUGGGCGUAUGUAGUUGGCAUCAUCGUACCCGUGCCAUUCUGGAUUGUCCACCGCUUCGCACCCAAAUUGCGUCUUGACUAUCUGUACACGCCUGUCAUAUGCUACUACAUAGGCUGGCUCUGCGUUGGCAUCAAUUCCUCCAUCUUGUCUUACUUCUCGAUCGCCUGGUUCUCCCAGUGGUACUUGCGCACGCGGUAUCCUAAAUGGUUCGCGAAGUAUAACUACAUUCUUGGCGCUGCUCUGGACGGUGGCACACAGGUCAUGGUGUUUAUUCUGUCAUUUGCGGUGCAGGGUGCGGCAGGGACCUCUCAUUUAUUCCCUCAAUGGUGGGGGGCUAACCAGAACGGAAACUAUGACCGGUGUGCUGUGGUUGACUGA